AUGUCCUUGCAAUCUUUUGUGGAGUUCAAGGCUUACCAGCAAUACCGCCAGAGAGCCUCCAGCCAUCGCAAGCGGCCGGACCGCAUGGUGUUUGGUGAUGACUUGAAUGGGCAUCGACCUCAGGCUUGGUCUACAGACCCUUCGUGUAUGGUCUAUGGUGGUUUUGGCGCUGUCCUUCAGGGAGACCACUUGGGUGUUGAGAUAGGCAUUUCAGCGCAUGUUGGACUUCUUCAGCAGCAUGGACUUUUAGCUGACAAGGGGCGUGUGUUUGACAAAGCAAAGAAGGUCUAUGCUGAAGUUCGUCUGGCUGGAUCAAAUGCAAAGGAUGUGAUUGACGAGACCCUCACUACAGUUGUUGGAGCCGAGGUUGAUUCACGUGCGAAAGUUGUCAGCAAGGGCAUUUUGCCUGUUGGAGAGCUGAACACAGAGAAACCAAAGCUGAGGGCGUUGAGCCGCUCAGCAGCAGAGGAACUCAUUUUGAGUGCAGUUCUCUUGCCAGUUUUGGUCUCGGACGUGAAGGCUCCUUUUCAUGAGAGGAUCUAUGCAUCAGACGCUUCGAACAAGAUGGGGGCUUUCUGCGAAGCAAACAUCAAUGAAACCUUGGCGCACCCUCUCUGGCUUGCAGGAGAUUUCAAAGGGGCUCGAGUCAGUUUGGACUCUUGGCAAAAAGUUGCUCUCAGAGAUUGCAAUCACCUGGGGGAGCUUGAGUCAGAGUCAGAGGAGGCUGGGCCUGAACAGCAGCCAGCAGCUGCAUCUCCAGAGAAACCUUUGGCGCAGUUCUAUGACUUCAUUGAGGUUUGUGGUGGAUCGGGUGGUGUUUCGGACGAGGUGGCAAAGUGGGGCUUUACAGUCGGGCCCAUCAUUGAUUUGACCUAUUCUGGGCAAUACGAUGUUGUUAACCUGAGGGUUGUGGAGUGGCUGCAGUUUCUGAUUAUCCAGAGGAGGGUUCGUGCCUUGAUGCUUGAACCUCCAUGCACCACUUUCUCAGCAGCAGCAUAUCUACCAUGCAGAAGCUACCAGGUCCCAAGAGGCUUCAACCAAAAGCAGAGCAAGGUGUGGGUUGGCAACAGGUUAGCUUUUACAUGUUUGAUGCUUCUGAUGCUUGCUGCUCAUUACUACCUAAUUGGCCUUUUGGAGACGCCUAGACGUUCAAAGAUGGCAUGGUUGCGUGAGUGGCUGGCACUUUUGGAGUUGCAUGUUGAAGAAACCUUUACAGCCUCCUGUUCCUUCAUGUCAAUUUUUCAGAAGGAGUUCCAGUUUUUGACUUGCAACAUGCGGCCGCAGAGCAUCUGCAAGCCUUGCACUCGGGAUCACAAGCACGUUCGCAUUGAAGGUCAGCUGACGAAGGGUUCUGCUGUUUACUGCCCAGGCCUUGCAGCCGCUUUGGCCGAGCUUUUUGCAAAGCACCUGAAAGCCAGCUAUGCAUUUCACAGUAGGAAUUCUUUAAGGGCAGACGGGCAUGAGAGCAUGUUUGUGAAUGAGUUGGUAAAGACAGCUGCAUGGAAGGCUGUGAAAAGAAUUGCCGCUCGUGGAGGAGGUAGGGCCAUCCUUUUGCUUGACUCGAACGUCGCCUUGCAGACCAUUGCAAAGGGCAGAUCUUCUGCUGAGUCGCUUGCCAGCCUUCUUCGGAAGAUCUGUUCUUUGUGCCUGGCUUUUGGAGUUUCCCUGUCCGUCCAUUUCUGCCCAACUCGCCUGAGUGUCUCUGAUGAUCCUUCUCGGUCAGUUUGCCUGCGCCCAGCCCGUGCUGGCGGUUCCUUCCUGUCUCUCUUGGACUUUGAUGGACUUUUCCGCCUUGCCGAGCUUCCAAAACUCCGACGUUGGAUUUCCAAUUGGACUUGCCUUUUCUUUGGACUUUGCUUCCACCUUCCCUUCGUCCCGCGUCCUUGGCAGUGA